AUGGCUGGGAGGGCUGUUCGGCGUCUUGCUGGAAAUGGCACCGGUCAAAGUCUUGUGGAUAGGAUGACAUCAAUGAAGCACAGUAUUUCCGGAUCGCUUAUUGCAAAGACAAUCUGCAAGGCUACAACGGAGGAAAUGAAUGCUCCCAAACGGAAACACCUCAAUAUUUUGGUCAAUUGUACAUAUGAGCCGCGUCUUUCAAUGCCAGAAUUCGCAAACUACAUAAUCAGUCGUUCCCAUAACAGCAGCUGGGUUGUGUCCUUCAAAGCCCUGAUUACGAUUCAUCACUUAAUGAACUGCGGGAGCGAACGUUUUUCCCAAUAUCUGGCGUCGAACAAUUGUCACCUUGCUGCUCCUCGGCCCUUUGAGAGAAGCAACUCUCAAGCUGUUACUAUGCUCGUUUUCAUUCGGCAAUACGCUCGUUAUCUCGAUUCACGCUCAUCCAGCUACCGCGAAGUCGCCUUUGAUUUCUGCAAGAUCAAAAGAAAGGCCGAUGAAGUGAACAUGAAGACGAUGCCACAGGCAAAGCUUUUCAAGGUGUUGCCUCCCCUCGAGCGACAGAUUGACGCGCUCAUCGCCUUUGAUGCAUCCUCAAGCGAACUGCUCAACGGUGUGGUUUUGGCUGCCUACUUCCUCCUCUACAAGGAUCUCAUUCGCCUCUACGCGGUGUACAACGAGGGCAUGAUUAACAUCAUCGAGAAGUUCUUCUCAAUGUCUAAAAAGGAUUGCCAGGAGGCGUUGCGAAUCUACAAGGCUUUCCUCAAGCGCAUGGAACAAGUCAACCAAUUUGUCAAAGUUGCAGAAGCUUGUGAUUCUCUUCAAAUGGAUGACGGUUUCGGUAAACAGUCACUCAUAUUCAAGCCGGUACCGGCGUCGGUUCUUGACGCACUGGAGCAGCAUCUGGCACACCUCGAGGGCAAAAAAUUGGCUGAUCCGAAGAAGACCUCGCCCACGCCGUCCUCAUCGAGCCAGCCGUCGGCAGUGACGGGUGAUUUGCUGCUUCUCCAGGAAGCCAGCCAGCAGAAUCUCUCCGUGGAGCAGCAGCGCAUAAUUGAGGAGGAGCGUCAACGCCUGGAGGCCUUCGUCAGUCAGGCCCGGUCCAAGUGCCCUGGUUCGACGACUGAACGAGCUGUCGGAGGGUCUGUGGAGCGCUCCAGCAGCGAUGGUGACCUCCUCGAGCUGUUCACUGGGUGCCCUGCUGACACUGGCAAGAAGACCGAUGCCACCAAUAACACCCUCUUCGAUGACUUUUUCUUCGAACCAGCGAUGCCUUCUUCCAGCAGUCACUUGGCGCUGUCCAGUGUUCCCGUGGGUGGUGGCAGCGGCGGGGUGUCGCAGCCGCGGCCGCUGUCUCAGUUUCUCUCAGAGUCCACUUCAGUCUCCAACACUGCUGUCCCAAACCCAAACAAUCCCUUCCUUCCUGCCAACUCGUCACCCUGGCCUCUAGAGGUCGCUCCUUCCGCAACCGUCACUCCCUCAGUCCCUUGCGUUGACAAUGGAUUGGGUAAUGCUCACGCCUCAAAUCAGCCUAAUGCAACCAUUGACCUGGACAGCCGCUUGGCAGAGUUAGCCGGCCAAUUGACCGUUUCGAACGCCAGAGGCUGUGCAAACAUGGGUUGGUCUGCCGGCGGCAGACAAUUUGCACCGCCUCAGCUGUCUCCCCCACCAACUGGCCCCUUGGUGCGCCCUCAGCCCUCCACAAUGAACCCUUGGGUGGGCGCGGGAGGCGGGCUUCAACUCGCCUCCGCCAACAACAAUCCUCUUUCUAACCAGGUAUUUAAUCCGCCGUCACAGGCAGUGUCCAGGCCCGCGUCCCAGGUGGUGUAUCGGCCUCAAGCCCAGUCCUCGACGCCGCCCAACGUGGGACUGACCAAUGCAAAUCAGUAUGUCGCGUUCGUCCAUCGUCCUCCUCUCAACUCCUUCCAUCAACGACCGCAAUUUCAGGCGACCGUUCCAAUUAACACCCCCAACCCCCUUAACCCUUUCCUUUGA